GCAUUUGAUUUUGUGUCAGCUGAUGGCAGUUAAAGUGACAAAUUUCCUGAUUCUGUAUUCAUUAUUUGUGAUAUUUAAUAGAAGCGUUAUUUAAUUUAUAAUAAUUUAAUCAACAUACGAUUGUAUCAUAGAAGAAUAUAUCGAGAUGGAGCCGCAGGAUAUUUAUUAUAACAAAGCUGAAUACGUUGAAACGGCUUCAGGAAAUAAGGUGAGCAGGCUGACAGUACUGUGUGGCUCGCAGAAUAUUGUAUUGCACGGAAAAGUGAUAGUACAAUCUGAUGCUAUCAUCAGAGGUGAUCUGGCAAAUGUCAGGACUGGUCGCUAUUGCAUAAUUAGCAAAAAUGCAGUCAUCCGACCUCCGUUCAAAAAGUUCAGCAGAGGGGUUGCCUUUUUUCCUCUAACAAUGGGAAACCAUGUAUUUGUGGGAGAGCGGGCUGUUGUAAAUGCAGCAUUAGUCGGUUCUUACGUUUACAUAGGGAAGAACGCCAUAAUCGGCAGGCGAUCUGUCUUAAAGGACUGUUGCUACAUCGAGGACGGCGCGGUCGUGCCACCUGAAACUAUCGUGCCGUCCUUCACUCGUUUCGCUGGUAGUCCGGCCACGUGUGUGGAAGAACUGCCUGAGUGCACGCUGGAUCUCAUGGUAGACUUCACGAAGAACUAUUACGAACAUUUCUUACCGGCACGGGUUUAACGCUUGUUCAGCGAUACACGUAUGGUAGCCUACAGUCAAAAGGUUUGUUCUUUUCAGCCGUGUUCAGCCAUAUUUAGAGAGUGAUUCGUCACUCAUAGUGAAAUGGAAAGAAAAGAAGAGAAGAGAAAAUAUUUAGGAAAAACCAAAGCUGUGAAAAAAAGUACAGCUGAAAAGAAUGGAUCUAAGAUCGGCCGGAGAAUAUUUUGUAAAUUUGUUAUAUUUUUUUUUAUUUUAGCAAAAUAAAAAUAUUUUAGUCGAUAUUUUUAUAAUAUAAUUUAAAAUAUCGUGGCCGAUAUUUUGACUUAUUUGAUUUAUCUGUGACAUUUGUACGCAUAUAUUCCAAAAUUAAUAAUUUCAUAUAUUGUCGUUAAAAGAUCUAUUUAUAACAUUUUACACACAUUCACAAGUAAUUUAUUUCACAGUGUUACAUAGAAGGUAUUUAAAUAAUCUUUUUUUAAAACGUAAUCUUCCUUUUAAACAGUAUUGCGUAUAUACCUACUUUCUACAGACAAUUAUUUUAUAUUAUACUAGUGCACAUUAAAAAGACGUCGAUUCACUAUUUACUGUCAUUGUAAAGAUAUGGCAUUUAACCAAAAAAAAAUAAAAUUUCUAAUAAGGUUUCUUACAAAA